GCGCUGCCGUCACAGUGAGAGCGCGCGCGCUGCUGCCUACUCCCGCUGCUGGUUGUCAGACAUGGCUGUACUCAGUAAAAUACCUUACAACUGCUAUGAGAUCGGUCACACCUGGAGCCCGUCGUGUGUGCAGUCGGCUGUGGAUGUAACCUCGGGUGCUCUGGAGGUUUCCUUUAAAAUAUACGCCCCUCUUUACCUGAUAGCAGCAAUUUUGCGGAGAAAGAAGAGGGACUACUAUUUAAAAAGGCUUCUCCCGGAGAUCCUAUGGUCUACCUCCUUCCUUACUGCCAAUGGAAGUCUCUACAUUGUUUUCUUCUGUAUUCUCAGGAAACUGUUCGGGGGGUUCUACUCCUGGUCUGUUGGGUUUGGCUCGGCACUGCCCGCCUCCUAUAUUGCCAUCCUACUGGAGCGCAAGAGCCGGAGAGGGCUCCUGACAAUAUACAUGACGAAUCUUGCCACUGAGACUUUGUUCCGCAUGGCAGUGACUCGAGGAAUGGUCAAGCCCAUUAAACAUGGCGAGGUGCUCUUGUUCUGCAUAACUGCGUCGCUCUACAUGUUGUUCUUCAGGAGUAAAGAUGGUCUCAAAGGCUUUGCUUUCUCUGCAUUAAAGUUUAUCAUUGGGAAGGAAGAGAUCCCAGCUCACUCUGGCACAGCAGAACAUAUCUGCACAGUGCCUGUUGAGGGGACAGCUGCUAUAGAGACAGAGGAUUCAGAGGUAUCAGCCCAGAGGCCCAGCUCCAUUAGGAAAACUCUGCUAUCUUAUGCCAGGAAACUGCUAGAAUCACUAUGCAAACGGGGUCCAAGACACAGAUGUUGUAAACAUCACCAAGACAACUGUUUUUCCUACUGCAUUAAAGGUUUUGUCAGGAUGUUCAGCGUUGGCUACCUGAUUCAGUGUUGUCUUAAAGUGCCCUCAGCAUUCAGGCACAUGUUCUCCAAACCCUCGCGGCUCCCCUCUCUGUUCUACAACAAAGAGAACUUCCAGCUAGGGGCAUUUCUAGGAUCUUUCGUCAGUAUCUAUAAGGGAACAAGCUGCUUGCUGCGCUGGAUCCGUAACAUUGAUGAUGAACUACAUGCGCUGAUAGCCGGCUUCUUGGCUGGUAUCUCAAUGUUCUUCUACAAGAGCACGACAAUAUCCAUGUAUCUCUUCUCUAAGCUGGUGGAGACCAUGUACUUCAAGGGCAUUGAGGCUGGCCGGGUCCCAUACUUUCCUCAUGCAGACACAGUCCUAUAUUCCAUCUCCUGUGCUAUCUGUUUCCAAGCUGCUGUGAUGGAAGUGCAGAACCUUCGGCCUUCAUACUGGAAGUUUCUCCUGCGUUUAACGAAGGGCAGGUUUGCUCUAAUGAACCGACAGUUGCUCGAUGCGUUUGGGACUCAGGCCUCCAGGGACUUUAAAGGCUUUGUUCCCAAACUGGACCCUCGUUACAUGACAGUGCUUCCACCGGGAGCUGACAUCCAACUCUGAUGACCUGGGACAAGGCUCUGAGAGGGGCUUUAGGGUUACCUGACUCUCAAAUGGACAGUUAGUCUGUUCUUUCUCAGUAAUGUAAGGAUUUUUCAAAGGUGUCAUAACAGCUCAGAAGUGGUGAUAGGAUAUGAUCUGAAGGAUUUGGAUCUGUCCAAAGCAGGCUGGAGCAAGACAAAUCUUUUAAAACAUACUAAUAAGAACGCUACUUGAAUUAUUCCUUCAUAUUUUGUCAGGUUGUCAGUUUACAUGUUGCAGGAUUUUUGUUAUUCAGUCUGUUCCUACAAAGCACUGUAGCAAUGGCACUAUUUAGGUAAGUAAGCUUAUAGUUAAUCCAAAUCACAAAACACCCAAAAAUGUGUUAAUAGGAAGAUGACUUUACUUAGGAUGCCGCAACAUUCCUUACAUUCUUUAAGCAUGUAUUUUCCAUUUAGAAAUGUGUCUAUAGGUUGGUACUAACUGGACUCAGUUGUUUUUUGUAAUGUUGCUUUCACAUCAGAGGAUGCAACUCACUAAUCUGUGUGAAAUAAGCAUCACACAUAACUAUGUUUGACUCUGACUUUAUUUUAAAAUUGCAAAUGUGUCAUUUCUGAAUGUGCACUUUUUAAGACUGAUGAUAUACAGACAUUUUAUUCAGUAGUUGAGAAUGGGGAUGUAGAUAUUUUACAUAAUGAACCAGAAUCUAAAUUCAGCACAAAGGUGGAAAGUCACCGUAUUUAAUCAAUUAAAUUGAUCUUUCUUUAACUUAAUUGAUUUUUUAAUGCAAUUGAUCCCUUCUUUUCAAAUGGACUUGGUUCAUUACACUUGACAGUAAUGAUUAUAAGGAACUGAGUUACCUUAAUAGGCAUUUAACGGGCGAAAAGAAGGCAUCAGGGACCAUGCCAAUGUUUGAAGUUAAUUGUUUUACGUGGAAAAAAUGUAAAUAGUUUCACCUUUUAAAGAGGCAUAAAUCAACAGUAAAUACAGUAAAGGAACCUUGUAAAUCCAUUGUUUAAGACUAAACUGUAUUGAGACUACUAUGUAUAAAAUCAGGUUAUUGGAUGAAAUGUUUAAUCACAGAAUUGGAUCCUAAAUGUAGAUAUAGCCUGUUUAUUUACAUAUUACAUGACAUUGUACAAAACUUAGAGCCAAGACCUCAAAUUAUGAUGCAUAAGAUGAAUUUCUCAAAUGACAAUCUAAGCCACAUGUAAUUUGAAGAUCCAUGUAAUUCAAAGUCUUUAAAAUCAAAUUUCUGACCCACCAAAUGCAUUGUCUAUCUGAUUGAUUCUCUGGGUUUGGAUUAGACAUGACUUAAGGGUUUAACAUUCAAUAGGCCAAACAUAAUUUGAAUUAAACAUGGUUUAUUAACAUGACCUCAUAAUAUAUAAAAAAUGAUAUUUGCUGUUUGUAUUUUAAAUGAUACUUAAUGGCAGUAUAGGGUGAACCCUGUUGCUUAGAAUCCACAUUGAAACAUUGUUUACUGAAGGAUUUGAUGCCAUGUUCAUGUGAAAGUGAGAAGAAAACUUUUCUUUCAAUAUAAAAAAAAAAAAGACAACUGACUCGACUUUGUUUUUGAGUUUUGUAGCUGAGAGAUAACAAUGUUUUCCAAAAGAUGUUUUUCUGUGAAUUAUGGUUUUGGCUAAGCAAUAAAUAG